AUGGUUCAGCAAGUAAAGGUGUUUGCUGCCAACCCCGACGGCCUGAGUUUGAUCUACAGGACCCCACUUAGAAGGAAGAAGGCUGACUCCUGCAAGCAGUCCUCUGAUCCCCACAGUCUCUCCAUCACCUGCCGAUUGCGAUCUCCCGCAGCGCCUUGGUGGGCUGGGGCCUGCGGGGUGCGGGGCACCGGGCUCCUGCUGCUUUCCUAUCUGGCUUACCUGGUGCUGGCAACUGGUGUGUUCUGGGCGCUGGAGGGUCGCACGGCCCGGGACCCCAGCCGCAGCUUCCAGGGCCACAAGUGGGAGCUGCUACACAACUACACGAGUGUGGAUGGCCCGGCGCUAGACCUGCUGGUCCGGGACGUCAUCCAAGCAUAUAAAGAUGAGACCAGCCUCCUGGGCACUAAUACCAGCCUGGGGUGCUGGGAAUUUGUGGGCUCUUUCUUCUUUUCUGUGUCCACCAUCACCACUAUCGGCUAUGGCAACCUGAGCCUGCAGACCAUGGCUGCCCAGUCUCUCCGUCUCUUCUACAGAUUCUUUGCUCUCCUUGGGAUUCUUCUGCUCAAUCUUAAUCGGCUGGGCCACCUCAUGUGGCAGUGUUACCCUCCUCUGACCUCACCUUUCCCCAGGAAUGGGCAGUUCUCGAAAGUACCCUCUGUGGAACAAGAGUAUCGUGUCCUUGUGGAUUCUGUUUUGGAUGGCCUGGCUGGCUCUGAUCAGCAAACUGAUCCUAUUCCAGUUUGA